CCGCCCUCGCAACCGCCCGGAAGACAGGUACUCAAAGCAAACCGGAGAGCACCCGCUCAGGCGCGGGAGUCAGGAAGGAGCGGCUAUCACCGCUAAGUGUUCCUCGGCGGCAGGUGCCCAAGCCUCGCGUCAGCACCAUGGACAGCGCCCGCGAACAGCUUCGGGGACGCUUGGACGCCGCGGGCUUCUGGCAGGUCUGGCAGCGCUUCGACGGAGAUGAGAAAGGAUACAUAGAAGAGAAGGAGCUUGAUGCUUUCUUUCACCACGUCUUGACGACACUGGGUACUGAUGCGGCGGUGGUAGAAGAAAAUGUGCGGAGACUGAAACAGAGAAUUAUGGCUCCCCAGGACGUCUCUAGAGCUGGUCGCGUACAAAUGAAAGAGCUUGCCACUAUGUUCUUGUCUGAGGAUGAAAACUUCCUUCUGCUCUUUCGUCAGGAAACCCCCUUGGAUAGCAGCGUGGAGUUUAUGCAGAUUUGGCGCAAAUAUGAUGCUGACAGCAGUGGCUUUAUAUCAGCUGUUGAGCUGCGGAACUUCCUCCGAGACCUCUUCCUCCACCACAAAAAGGCCGUCCCUGAGGCUAAGCUGGACGAAUACACCGGCACCAUGAUGAAGAUCUUUGACAGAAACAAGGAUGGCCGGUUGGAUCUUAAUGACUUGGCAAGGAUUCUGGCUCUUCAGGAAAACUUCCUUCUCCAAUUUAAAAUGGAUGCUUGUUCCACUGAGGAAAGAAAGAGGGACUUCGAGAAAAUCUUUGCCCACUAUGACGUUAGUAAAACUGGAGCUCUGGAAGGCCCGGAAGUGGACGGGUUUGUCAAAGACAUGAUGGAGCUGGUUCAGCCCAGCAUCAGUGGAGCGGACCUCGAUAAGUUCCGGGAGAUUCUUCUGCGCCACUGUGAUGUGAACAAGGAUGGAAAAAUUCAGAAGUCCGAGCUCGCGUUGUGUCUUGGGCUGAAAAUCAACCCAUAAGCCCCGGAUGCUUUGUCUUUUGCUCUUAGGAUGUUUCUGAGCUCCUGCUGGGAAAAUUGUAUCUGUGCUUUGCUGUUGGGGACACCGGGGCAAGCUUUGUAACAAAUGGUGUGGUGUUUUAGGGCAAGAGGGGGGGUCCUAGGGCCUUCUUUCUAAGGCCAUAGUGUUCUCCUGCCUCACUGAGAGCCCCCUGCAGUGUCUGUGUUAUUCCCGCCCCCCCCCGAACCCGGGCUUUCCUGUCCCCCCAGAGAGUCAGCUAACCACCUGCUGAAUCCGUUCCUGCGUUCCUGCGUGGCCUCCCUCAGGCCCCAGGGGCUCAGGGGAGGCGGAGUCCAUCCACCUGUGCUCCCCUUGUGGGCUUUCUGAGUGGUGAGUGGCGUCUCUGUUGGUCCUGUGAUUUUCUACAAAUCAGUUCUGUCGUGGAAAUAAACCUAUA